UGCCACAGGGCCUAGGGAGAGCUGGGCCCGCCGAAGGAUCGCCAGUUUGUGGCUGGCUGUGGCGCGGAACCGCAGCAACGAUCGCAGCGCAAUGUUACUACGCUACUCCUUCCUGUGCUGCUGUCUGGUGGUGUCGUUUGUACGGCCACAGACCACUCCAGAAAUUGCACUCAAGUGCGCAUCGGCGUCGUCCCUGGCGUGCAUAAUCAACGGUUUGCACUUUGACGACCCGAGCCAGGAAUUGACGCUACAGGAUGCCAGUGGUCGAAAGUAUCUCGCCAUCAAAGCUGGAACCAUCAAGGCGUUCCGCACGAAGCACUGCGACCGGUUCCGUACGUUCGAGAAGGUGACGAUCGGUCGGACCGGUCUGGAGGAGCUGUGCAUCGCCCGUGAGUUCGUGCAGGUGUUGGCCGAAAACAACCACCUGCACACGAUCCACCCGGACACCAUCGAUGGAAAGGACUACAAACUUCAGACACUGAAGUUGUCCAAUAAUCGGCUCAAGAGUGUCGCAGAUCUGUGCGCCUUUCACAACCUGCGGGAGCUCCACCUGGAGCACAACCUGCUGUCCACCCUGGAGAUGGAAUGCUUUGCCAGCAUGGCCCAGCUCGAGCGGCUCCUUCUGGCCGGCAACCGUAUCAACCAUGUGAAUUCUCCCCCCUCUCUGUCGCUCCCCGUCCUAACCGAGCUGGGUCUGCAGAACAACACGCUGACCGUGCUGAAGGUGGCCGGUUGGAGUAUGGAAUCGCUGGCCCAGCUCCAGCUAGCCUCCAACAACCUGACGCGUGUCGAAGGCUUAGACGGGCUGACGGAGUUGAGCAGCGUGUCCCUGGCUGGCAACGAUUGGCAGUGUGCAGCGCUCGGGUCCAUGCUGACCGUGUUGCGGACGAACGAGGUCCGGAUUGCGGAUAGUGACGCGAACUGCGAGGGCAUCGGCGACACCAGCAUCUGCUGCCAGGUGCAAGAGUCCGCCACUGCCGAGGGUGAGCUUUUCGAUGAGCUCAAGAAGUACGAUACGCUUGAGGGCAAGUACAUGGCCAAGACCAGAGAGCUAGAGGACCGCUGCAAACAAAUCGAGGCCAACCUCAGCAAGCGACUGCGCGAGGUCCAGCAGAGCAUCGCGAAGGGACCGGAAGAGUGUAACGUUUCGUCGGAGGUGGAGUCCUCGGGCGACGAACCACUAGAGACGGGUUCGGGAAUGGAACCGGAUCAGCCAAGCGGGAAAGCCACAGCAACUUGCGUCAGGGUAGCGCCCGCAGCGUCAGCUCCGGCCGCACCGUACACUGACUGCACGGAGGACCUGAAGCAGUUGCAGGACGACAUGCGGAAAAUGCGGGAUCAGUUCGAACGCACGCGGAAAGCGAUGGAUUUCACCCAACGGGAUCUGUCGCUGCACACGAAAGUAAUCCGGCACGAGAUGCGGACCGCCGUCAAGCGCGGUGCGGACAAGUUGCGGGACGUCCAGGCCAGGCUGUCGAUGUUUAGGGCCCACGUGAACGACAAGUGUUCCACAAUAAAGAAGUAGAGUCCGAGCGAUCGGUGUAGCUGAUA